GAACAUAGAUACUGCAGGACCUGGAAAAACUGGCUCAUGUUUGCUUUGAGAUGGAAUAUAUACUUUUCUUGCAAUCAUAUGUUAAGGUGUAGGUGGCCAAACAGAGGCAAUAGUUCAAUGCAGGUUAGCGUAUAGAGUUGGGCAUGUUUUAGUAAUAAAUCUACAGCAUUUGCUCAGUAUUUUCAAAUAUUCCCAUUCCAACAUUUGGGGUAAUAUUUGUGCAGGUUCCUAUCUUCAAAGCCCUCUCUGUGGAAUAGAACAAGACUGAUGCUAGUGAAACUGAAUGGCAUACAUCAAUUGCUUAGUCAUUUUCUCUUUCUCUUUACAGUUCAAGUCUUGGUUGAUGGUGCACCUGUUCGUAUCCAUUUGUGGGACACUGCAGGACAGGAAGAUUUUGAUUGCCUUCGCUCUCUCUGUUACUCUGACACUGAUGUCUUCCUGGUCUGCUUCAGUGUUGUAAAUCCCACCUCUUUCCAAAACAUUACAGAAAAAUGGAUUCCAGAAAUAAGAACUCACAAUCCCCAAACACCAGUGGUGCUAGUAGGGACACAAGCUGACCUGAGAGAUGAUGUCAAAGUAUUAAUCAGCCUGAAUCGCUACCAUGUAAAACCUGUGCCAAGAACACAAGCAGAAGGCCUGGCUGAAAAAAUCCGGGCUCAGACUUACGUUGAGUGCUCUGCUUUGACUCAAAAGAACCUGAAGGAGGUUUUUGACACAGCCAUUGUUAGUGCAGUUGAAUACAAAGCCCAACAGGAAAAGAAAAUGACAGCUAAAGGAAUCAAAACUCUCUCUAAAUGCCGAUGGAAGAAAUUCUUCUGCUUUGUCUGAAACUGACUCCAGUAAGAAACAUUUAUAAGCCAAAGUAGCUUGGAGCUCAAGCUCUUCUUGGAUUAUGGCAAAACUUGCCUGGGAGUCAAGAAGGAGAAGUGUAGUAUCAAAUGGUCCAUGCUACCUUCAAACAUUUGGGACGGAAUGGUCUGAUGCUGAUGUACUGAGUCCAGCAGCCAAGUUAAUUUAUGUAUACAUAUAUUUCAGGCAAGAUGACCAGUUUUUACAGCUUUUGAAGGCAUGACAGCAUAUUAAUUGAACAAAUUAAUUAAAUCUGGGAGUAGCAAUCCCAACCUGCCUACAGGGCAUGAGAGCAGAGAAGGUUGAAUGAAACUUGAUUUAAUCUUCAGUUAUAAAUUUGAGAGUUAUAUCAAUUUUCAAGUCAUAAUAAUGAAUAGAAGAUUGAUGCAGAGAAUUAAUGUUGAACCAAAAUGUCCACUUCAACUUAAAAGUAAAAGAAAGUAAAAUAAGCUUUCAAGAUAGAACUGAGAAUUAAUCCAUGUUUGGGGUGAAGAGUGGCCAUGUCACAUCCUUACAACAACACAAUAUUUCCCAAUGAAAUUAUGUGGGAAAAUCCCAAUGAAAUUAUGUGGGAAAAUGUGAUAUAGUGCUAUUCUAAGAAUAUUUGGAUUUACAUGUGAAAAGCAAACCACAAACUGAAAUAUUGCAGAAAAUAUGUGGUUAUAUAUGUGUGUAUGUUUGAGUGUGAAAUAAUUUUCAACAAGACUAGUCUGGGCAUCCACUGAAAAGAUUGAUGCAUGAUUUGCUUUCAUGUAAACUUUCUGUGUGAAAAAAUUUUCUGAUUCAUUUUUAAAGUCAUCCUUAGAAAGUAUGAUUUUAGCAUAAUCAAAAUUUAACCUGUUCGAACUAAAUUCAAGAUUAAAAGUCCAGCAGCUCUGAGUAUACAUUCUUUUCCCUCCUCAAAUUAUGCCCUGUUCUGCAUAUUUAGACUUUCCAUGCUAGACAAACUGAUACUGUAUUGUCUAUUUUAAUAAGAUCCCACCCAGUACUGUGCCAAUAAUGCUAUUUAGGUGGAAGGAAAUUAGCAAUUCUUGUUAUAUAUUUAUGUCAGAGAUUGGGCCCUAAAUCAUAUUCCUUUGUAUUUCACUGCUAAUACUGAAGGCUUAAUGUUCCCUCCCUGAAACCUGUAGGUGAAUAAUCAGGUUUACCAAGUUAGCAAUUAAUAUUUAUGUUGUGUAACUAUUGCUGCUAGAUGAGGUUUACAUCUGAGAUGGAAAGAUAACCACACACAAAAAGACUGAAUUAAAAGCAUAAUCUCAAAGGGAACAUAUGACACAGUAUUUUCCAAAAUUAUAAAGCAGCUUCCCUAACCUGACUGCUGUAGGUACAUUGGAAUAAAAUGCCUAUAACUCUAUAGCCCAACUAUAAUGAAUGUGUAUAAUGGGAGAAUAGUCCAGCAACAUCUGAAGAGCAUUAAUUGAGAAAAACAAUGCCCAGACAUUGAUAAUGUUGACUCCAAAGUGCUAGAGAAUUGACCAAUUUGUGCUCCAUUUUUGGCAUAUGUGCAUCACAGUCACUGAAGAGGAGAGGAGUGUCCACUUCAAUGGUCCAAAAAGGAAAGAUUGCCACCUUUGAUGGCAUUCAGGUGUGGAAAUGUUUGCCGUUUAAAAUGAUUCACGACAAAAUCUGCUUGAAAGGUUUGAGGAAAAUAGAGAAAAAAUAUGAGAGGAAAGCAGAAAAUGAAGAAGAGAAGAAGCAUGCGAUAGAAGAGGGAGAAGUAAGUGAUAGCAAGAAGAGACAGAAAGAGAGAUUGAGAGAGAGGGGGGGAAGGAGAGAGAAGAUAGAAGGCAGGCAAAGAGAAAGCUAUAUAGGUAACAUUGACAAGGUUAGUACAUCAUGGAUAUUGGAGUUGAAACAGG